AUGAGUACCGAGCCCAACGCAGCAGAGACAGCGCCACCUCAGGCGCCGACAGAGGAGCCCAGCCCACCACCUUCAACAUCCUCCGAGUGCACUAAUGGCGGGGUAGCUCUGUCGCGUAGGAAGCAGAAGAAAGCGAGCAAGGUGACGCAGAGGAUCAGAGUGGUGAACGGCAGCGUCGACGUGCAAGUGCAGCAGACGAACGACGACAGCGUCGUCAGUAAGCGCUCCGCUGUGACACAGGGAUACAUCCGUGACAAGUUUCUGCGGCAUUUUGUGAAGAAGCCUUCACGACGCUCGCCACUCAUCAACCGCGGCUACUACCUGCGCAUGGCAAUAAUGACGGAUCUAGUAGUGCGACUUGUCAAGAGCUACCUGGAUGCACCUGAGCGGCAGACGGAAGUCUUGGAGGGUGCUCCGUGCCCUCCGCCCGUGCAGGUUCUCUCCUUAGGAGCUGGCUACGACACGUUGGCUUUUCGACUUCUGCUAGACUCUGUCGAUGUUCUUGCGGUAGGCGACAAAUGUGCUGGAGCGUCAGCGUCGUCGUCGUCCUCGUCACUGUCACCGUCCGCACCCGUUUCCUUCCCUGGAGGGGAAGUGCUUUUCAUCGACGUGGAUUUCCCCGCAGUACUAAUGGCAAAGGCAGCUCUCAUGGCAGCCGCCCCUUCGCAGACGUUUCCAGAAGACUGGCAUCUGAGGCCGCAGAGCGCAGACUGCCCAAUCCGUAGUCCACACUACUCCGCCGUCGGCGUCGAUCUCCGUUUCGCUUCCACCGAGCUGCUCCCGCGUCUCCACCAGCACGGCCCCACGGGGUUCGUGGCAACGAACCCAACCAUCAUCUAUGCUGAGUGUGUCAUGCAGUACAUGCCGCCCAAGGAUGCGGCGCAGCUGCUUGCGCUUCUGGCCGCAGGCCUCCCAAACGCCGUCUUCAUCGCGUACGACCAGGUCUCGCCGCUUGACAGCUUCGGCCGCGUCAUGCAAAACACGUUGCGCCAAAAGAACAGCCCACUACUGGGUGUGCAGUCCUGUCCGGAUGGAGCGCACAUGGUGCGACGUGCAUGCGCGGCUGGCAUGUGUCGCGCGUGGUGGGCCGACUUUUACCGCAUCUCAACUUUUUGUUUUGCUGGAGAGGAGCGGAGGCGCGUAGAGGCCCUUGAGGACUUUGACGAGUUAGAGGAGUGGAGCGAAAUGUGCGAGCACUACGGCAUCACUUUGGCGACCACGCCGCUGGUGUGGGACUCGGUAGCCACGAACGGCUGUGCGGCUCACCCAGCCUUUAUGGAGUACUCGGUCGAUGGUGUGGCAUGCAUCACGGGUGUUGAGUCUCUACCGCAGGGCACAGAGGCUAUCAAGGGCACCCUGCACAAUUGGCCCUCUGCACGCUACGGUUUUGAGGGCUGGGGCAACGGCGGCGUCGCCGUCGAGCCUCUGUCAAACGGGGACCGCCUUCUCGUUUCCUUUGGCGGAUUUGCGGCGGGAAAGCAGCACCAGCGCGUCAACACCGUGUACGUGCACAGUCUACAAGAGGGGGAGCUGCGUGUUGUGGUUGCCGGCGAGCAGAGCGAUGGCGCGGCAACAGCCGGACUAACUGCCUGCACGACGCAUCCUCCACCACUAGUGUUCCACACCUUCUCUCGCGUGGCCCCUCGCACGUUCCUCGUCUGGGGCGGCCGCUCAAAUCCGUCUGCACCAUCCAACGAAGCCUUUCUGCUCACCCUCGAUGUGCCGGACAUGGUUAGUCUUGGUAGCAUUGUUACGGCGCGUUGGAGGGUUCUUCGUGUAGGUAGCGACGACAGGCACCGGUGUCGCCCAUCCCCUCGCUAUCGCCACAGCAUGGUGAAUCUCGGUGGCACAGCAGACAAGGCGACACUUCUACUGGUGGGCGGCAAAACUUCUGGUGUCAACGCCGCGGUGGCGCUGGAGUGCUUCCGGGUUACCGUGUGCAUGCGACGCUUUACCAUCUCCUACGAAGCACUGGACUGCACUGCGGCAGGCGGGCAUUUGCCACCUCCGCUGCACUCUGCGGCGGCCAUUGCACUCUCGUCUGAUGCGGUGCUUAUCUCCGGCGGGGUGCUGCUGGGGCGCGAUGCGUGUAAUCCGCAUCUGUGGCAGCUACGACUUUCCACGAAGGAGUGGUCCUGUGUGCCGAUGCGGCUCGGCGAAGGCCGCUACGCUCACUCACUGACUCCCGUCACCGUGAACCGUCAAGAGUACCUCCUCAUAUUAGGAGGCAGCAGCUGGGCGGAGAAAUCCCACGUACCCCCAGCUCUGCUAGUCCCAUUCUCUCUUUUCGAGUCCAACACAGGUAGUGAAACUGCGGCUGCAGUCGCCGUCCCUGUGUCGCUCCCAGCCGAUGCACCGUGGUGGUCGCGCCAUUCCUGCGUGACCCUCGGCCAGGGUGUGGUGGGUGUAAUUGGUGGCGGCUACACCUGCUUUUCCUUUGGCACAUUUGCCGCAAAACCGCAGCUGCUUUUCCUCGGCGACAUUGUCGAGGAGAGCGCGUGGCGGCCGAGGUUUCCAUCUGCUUGCAGCUCGAAUGUCGGACGUGGCGAUGGUAGGAGAACCGUCACAGCGCUAGAGCCCGUGUAUUCGUACGAGGAACUCCUUUCCAAGCCGUGGCCAGCUGUGCGUGAGGUGAUGCACUACAGCGCGGCCGCGUUUCUGGAGGCAGCCACUGCGGCGACGCAGCCCGUUGUGUUUCGCAACGUCCCUCUUGGCGCGUGUCUGAGCACCUGGGGCUCCUCAGCGUACUUGAAAGAGACCGAAGGUAACACCACAGUCUCUGUGCACGUGGCUGAGAAGUCGCAGCUUCUUGACUUUGCGCGUAAGAACUUUUCCUUUCGUCGUGUUACGCUGGCACAACUCGUACAGCACACCGAGGAGGCGACAGACCUCUUUUGCAAGACACGUGGGACUCCAAGCGAGACGUGGUACUACCGCUCUAUUGCGAGUCGUAUGAAGAACGAGCGUUCCAACGUGUGGACAGACUUUCCGGUAUUGGGUAAGGACUUUGUGUUGCCACCGGGCGCAAAGGAAUACAUUGAGCCGCGGCUGCAUCAGUCUUGUUUGCGCAUGAGCGCCCCGCCGCUGCAACUGUGGACACACUAUGACACACUGGACAACGUUCUCUGCCAAAUAGUCGGUACUAAGCGGGUGGUGCUGUUCCCGCCGAGCGAGUACAACAACCUGUACGUGACAGGUAGCUCCUCGGCGGUGAUCAACCUGGAGGCACCUGAUCUCGUGCGCUACCCUCGCUUUAUUGAAGCCUGCAGAGCGGCGCAGCAGGUCAUUCUGCGACCGGGCGACGUGCUUUUCUUCCCUGCCAUGUGGUUUCACCAUGUUACGACGCUGUUGCCAGACGUGGAGCCGGUGGAAAGCGCCGCAGCGACGAUGCUGGCCCCAUACAACAUGAGCGUCAACGUCUUCUAUCGUCAUUUCAGCGACACGGCCGCCUACGAUGCCAAGGACCUCUACGGGAACAAGGACAUCUUGGCAGUGACGCGCAUUCGCGAGGACCUUCAGUCGGCUGUCCGCUGUGUUCUGACCAACCCACGACUCACAACGGCUGCCGACGCCCCGGUACUGCCACCUAAUUACGUUGAGUUUGCGGUGCGGCAUUUUCUCCAGGAUCUCGAGGGUACCGCGUCGGCAGUGGCCGACGCGCAGCGUGGCACAGGGACAUGCUUUGACACUCAGACACCUGCAUCGCAUUCGCUGCCUAAGAAGAGGGAGUGA